AUGACGCGUGAAAAGACGGUCGUCGUGCACUCGAGCGUGCGCCCGGACGACGAGGAGGAGGAGGAGGAGCUUCGCAACGCCGCCGCCGUCGCCGCGGCACCCGCAACGGCGCAAGGGCCGCCCCCGCCCCCGCCGUCGUGCGGCGACGACGACGAGGACGACGUCUCCAUCGCGUACGUGGCGCAGAAGGGCGCGCCCGUGAGCCUCGCCGCCGCGCGGUCGGCGCCGCUGAAGCGGCCACGCAGCAGCCCAGCGGAGCCGGCCGACGCCGUCGCCGACGCCGCGGCCGCGGAAGGGGAGCUGCCGGACGACACGGACCACCCCAACGACCGCGCGGCGUACGCGCGUUGGCAGGCGCGGGAUGCCGCCCGGCCAAAGAAGCUGCUGUUGGGGUGA